AUGUCGGACGCGAUGAUGGAUGAACGAGUGACUGAUGAGAUUGAGGCAUUGAAAGCAAUCCUAUUGGAUAAUGAACUUAACAUCAAGGAAAAUGAUAGAGGGGAGCCAGAAUAUAUCGAAACAAUACUAUUUCCAUCAACCGGCGAGGACUCACAAUCGCAAUAUGUUUGUGUUACACUGAUUGUACGAUUACCUUCGGGUUAUCCUGACAUUUCACCGACUAUCAAUUUAAGAAAUCCAAGAGGAUUGGACGAGAAUACGGUAAAGCUGAUGCAAUCUGAUGCUGAAGCCAAAUGUAAAGAUUUCAUAGGUCAGCCAGUCAUGUUUGAAUUAAUUGAGUUAAUACGAGAACAUCUGACAAGAAGCAAUCUUCCCACUGAUCAGUGCGCCGUAUGCUUGUAUGGUUUUCGAGAAGGAGAUGAAUUUACGAAGACGGAAUGCUAUCAUUAUUUUCAUUCACACUGUUUGGCGGCACACGUCGCCGCUGCCGAGAGAUAUUACAGGGAAGAGCAAGAGAAAUUACCGCAAUGGCAACAGGAUACUACAAAUAAGUUCCAAGCUAUAUGUCCCGUUUGCCGAGAAUCAAUCAACUGCGACGUUGAGAGCUUGUGGUCAGCGCCGCCGCCGAUUGACGUCGAAGCUGCCACCGAUUUCUCUGUCACCGCCGAAUUGAGGGAACUGCAGAAGCACAUGGCUGCUCUGUAUCUGCGGCAGCAACAGCGAGGCGGUAUAAUCGAUCUAGAAGCCGAAGGCGUGAAGAUGUUGGUGAGGACAGAGGAUGAUCCUGUGGCUGCUGCAGAAGAAGUCAGUCCACCCGGUACGAGUUUGAAUGCAUAUUCGAAUACCACCACCAUGCAAUCAGUCACACAAAUGCAACACUCUAAGCAGUCGACGCACCAGUCACAGAAUCAUCAUCACUCACAAUAUCAAUCACGUCAGAUGCAGCACAAUCACGGUCACAACAAUCACAAUCAUGGCCAUCGCCACCGAGGUCGCGGUCGAGCUCAUUACCGACGCCACUUUGACAAAGUCAGGCAGACGGAAUCUACUCCCAGAUGA